CAACGCUAAAACAUUUAGUCUGAGCCAGUGGCUGAGGGCUUAGUACUUCAGUGGGUCAAAUCAUGGGACUAGGCAAGCGCUAAUUAUUUAAUUUUACGUAGGAACACCGAACUGGUAAGAAUCCUCUGCGCCGUCGAGCCCACCAAGCCGAGACUUCAGAGGUACUGAAUAUAUAACAUCCGAGGUCAACAGAGGUCACUCACGGGAUACCUAAAAUGUCCCGGAUAAGUUCACCACUGGCGACCCACAGCCGCACCCCGUCGCCUUCGGGCUCAAUCUCACCUGAUGUUCCCCAUGGCCAGGCUCAGCUGCUGAGACCGAGGACAAAUGAAUUGUCAGACACUUCGGAAGACGAGGCUGAGCUGCGAGCUCUCUCGGGGGGCUCGUCAACCGAUGCAUCUCCGAGCACUUCGCCAGCUCCGCCCAGGAUAGUGGACUACAUGCCCAAGACGACGCAGUUCGUCCAUGUUGAUAAUAAAGGUGGGGCAACAGCAGGUGCAGGCAACCGCACCAGCAGUGGUGACGGCCGAGGAAGAAGCUUCGGUCCCAACAUAGUGGUGACGGAUCCUGAGACGACUGAUGCCAUAUUGGGUAUACGAAAAGGAGAAGGCGAGGCUGAAGUUGGCACUCUCAAGAUGGCCUCUCAAAGACCGAAGUCACCUAGACCGCACACUCCGAGAAAAGAUGAGUCAAACGAGUCUUUUUGGGACAAAAUAGGAACUUUAGGCCGAAAGAAGAAAGUUAAAGAAGUGCAAGAAGUACAGACAGAGGGCAAGUAUGCAAUAGAUUCCCCUGGGUCCCCAUUCUCCGUUGAUGUUCCUCCAGAUGACUAUAAUUUAGACGAUAAUGAAGAAAGGUCGAUGAUAGAACCAAGGUCAUAUGAAGACCCGAAGCUAAAGGAACUUAUUGCCAUUUUGAUAGAUUGGAUUAAUGAUGAACUUGCACCAGAUCGAAUCAUUGUAAAACACAUAGAAGAAGAUCUCUAUGAUGGAAUGGUCUUUCAUAAACUGAUUGAAAAGCUUACACAUAAUCCCCUGGAUGUGCAAGAAGUAACUCAGAGCGAGGAAGGCCAGAAACAAAAGCUUCGUAUUGUUCUUAAUGCAGCUAAUCAUAUUCUUGGGGUAACUCGGUAUGGACCUCACAAAUGGUCAGUUGAAUCCAUUCACUCCAAGAAUAUUGUGGCUAUACUCCAUCUACUUGUGGCCCUGGCCCGACAUUUUCGUGCUCCAAUCAGAAUGCCUGAAAAUUGCAUAAUUAAUGUUGUUAUUGUCCAGAAACGUGAUGGCCAACUUAAUCAUCGCAUAGUGAAUGAAGAACUGACUGGCACUUAUGAUGACUUGGGUCAAAGAUGUGAACGUGAUGCUUUUGAUACACUGUUUGAUCAUGCCCCAGACAAACUCCAGGUUGUCAAAAGAUCACUUAUCACCUUUGUCAAUAAGCAGUUGAACAAGAUCAAUCUUGAGGUUGGGGAGCUAGAGACAGAGUUUAGUGAUGGAGUGUAUCUUUGUCUCUUGAUGGGCCUGUUAGAGGGCUACUUUGUGCCUUUGCAUCACUUCUUCUUAACACCAAAGACAUUUGAAGAGAAAUUGCACAAUGUAGUUCAAUCAUUUGAGCUUAUGAUGGAUGCAGGUUUAGCUAAACCAAAGGCUCGUCCUGAAGAUAUAGUAAAUGCUGAUCUGAAGUCCACAUUACGGGUCCUAUACAACCUGUUCACACGAUACAAGAAUACAAACUGAAGAAGCUGUCAGCUUUCCAUCUGUGUAUUUUAAUUGUCUUGUCAUCUAGAGUUUUACUAAAUUUAAAUACUGAACAAAUUAUCUAUACAGUAUUAAGUGUAAGAAUACAUCAUUUUUUUGUUAAAUCAAAUUAUUGUGGUAUGUCCUUUCUUUUCAGUCAGCAUUUAAGCCACAGUUAUGAAGCUUUAACACUGCUGAGAUUACAAGGAUCAUAAAUUUAAUGUGGCAGCUUUUAAAUACCAAGUACCAGCUGAUUACAAAUCAUGACGAUAUUGAUGUACAGUAAAUUGUGUGGAUCCUUGUGUCUCAUAAUUUAAGUGUGUUCCUUUUAUUACCCAAUUUAUAUGCUACUAGAAAGCACAUGUAAGUGAAAGAUCAGUGCAUUAUAUCAAAUAUCUAGAAUCUUUAAGUGACAUUGUGUCUGUAUAAUCUCAAUCUGUAAAUUUAUAAAUGACAGUGCCAAAAAACCAUCCACUUGGAAGAAAUGAUUGUUAUUACAGAUUCUACUGAACAGCAUGGGUUCUUAAAAUCAUAGUCUUAAAUAUUUUUAAAAAGUUGCUGUAUAGUGUUUUGUUAUGACAAUUGAAUGUACUAGAGCAAUUAUGGUUUUUAACUGUCAGGGUUUUACUAAUUUGUUUUCCUUACAUAAUGUUGAGAAGUGCGCAUGAUCACUUUUUUUCUUUUUUUUACAAGAUGAAAAACUUGAUACAUACAUAGUUAUAUUUUAUUCUAACAAAUUUCUUACUAAUAGUAUAUAAACCUAUAGAAGUUUAGUACCUUACAAUAAUAUAAAAAUAUUACUUUUGAUUUAUCAAAAUAUUUGAAGUUAAGAAGUCUCAUGAGAUACUAUAAUGUAGUUGUAAGCAGGUAAGAAAGUGAAGAGAAAGUAUACUUUUACCUAUUUGUGCCAAAAAGAAAUGUGUGCCUUACUAUAAAUAAUAGUGAAGCACUAGACAUAAGGGAAAACUGUGUUCAAAAUAUAAUAAGCAAUAAGGUUUUAUUUUAAUUAAGAUGAAACACUGAACAGUAAUAAAGAUGUUUUUCAAUAGCAUUUAUGUUUAACAAAUGUAUAAAGUACAAGAUUUAUACUGUUUCUUUAUAAUUGUCAAAAUGUUACACAGCACAAAUGUUAACCUACUACAUUUGACAUUUUUAAUUUUUCUGGUAGAAACAGAAGUUAUGUGGUUGUGGUAAACAAGUAGAUUUUUUUUAAGCAGAUUCAGUCUGAUUUAAGAAACCAAAUAAUAGGUUUCAAUUAUUCGAAAAUACAUUUUGUAGCAUCUGCCUUUGCUUAGUACGAAUGGACUUCAUCUCAAUGACUGAUAUGUACAUAAUAAUGUGCUUUUGAAAAUGAUUGAACAGAUAGAAAACUAUUUUCAGUAACUGUGCAUGGUGCCGAAUGGUCUAGCUCCACUGCAUUAACAAUGUACCAAAGUCCAUGGUACAGUUAAGUGUGUUUUAGAAAUUCUAGUGGGCAGUAGUAAUGAGAGCUUUUGUGAUAUUUUUAAUAUUGUUAAUCAUGUAAUACAAUGCAAUCACAGCAUAGUUGAGUAUUCUUUAUGUAAUCAUUAAACUUGAGAAAAUAACCUUUUCAUGGACUGCCAUAAGAAGUUAGAGGUACUGUUGUUUUGGCAUCACAAUAAGCUGGUUUGGUCCAGAAUUGUAUCAGCUACCAUGUCAGUAACAAGUGCCCUUUUAUUGCAGGACAAAAUUACAAUUAAAGGUAAGACUUCUUACAGAAAAUGCAUUGCGCCUUUAGUCAAGAGAAAAUAUAGAAUGGAAUCAUAUAUGUAGUUGAGUAGACAAACCAGUCAAGAAUGUAUUUGGUCAGUAGUAUUCUUUUGGAAGUGUUUUGCUUUUGCAUAUUCAUAUAUAUACAGUAAUUUGUAUCAUAGAACUGGGAAGUUGUAUCUCUUAGUAUAAUUCUAUUAACUGGAGAUUCAUUCUUCCAGUAAAUUCUUGAGGCUAGUUAAAUAAUAUUUUUGAGCUCUCUAGGUAGGUUUGUAGUUGAGAACUAAAUUCUGAAGAUAUUGAAAAUAUCUUCUUUAUGAUCAAGUUAUGUACGCACAGGUACAGUAUUUGUAAUGCCUUAUGAUCAAGUUAUAUACGUACAGGUACAGUAUUUGUAUUGCCUUAUGAUCAAGUUAUAUACGUAGAGGUACAAUAUUUGUAUUGCAUUUCAUUACUUUACAUAGAUAUUGAUGAAAUCAGAGUUGAGGGGUUCUGUUUUUAUUAAAUUUGAAAAGGCACAUGAACAAAUUUUGUCCUGAGCACUAGUACUAUAGUAUAGAGUAAUAAGUUUCUUCCAGCAAUCAAACUUUCAUAUUGAUAUAUGUGAAGAUUUUUACGCAAUAUUGAUGUGCCUUUUUUUGCCUUCUAAUAUGAAUUAAAGCCUAACACCAUA